GGUCGGCCACUCCCCUGAAGUAAACGUCGGUUAUCGAAAUUCUAAAGUGCAACGCGAAGAUCGUUUGUCUCACACCUCACUUGCCUCAGCUACCUUACAUCCGCUCGGCCUCAGCAACCUAAUUAUGUUCUCUGUAAUCAGACAAGCUGCUCGUGCGCGAGCGAUGCCCUCGACGGCUGCGCGGAUAAGUCCCUCGAAUAUUGUGCGCAUGCCCGGUUGCCGGACUAUCGUUACAAAAAAGUACACCGAGGAGCACGAAGUCGUUGCUUUUGAUGACGAGACUGGGUUGGGUGCUAUAUCCAUAACGGAUCACGCGCAGGAGAGUCUCGGAGAUGUUGUUUUCGUGGAGCUUCCUGCGGUAGGCUCGAAGGUUUCAAAAGGCGACCAGAUUGGCGCAGUCGAGAGUGUCAAGGCAGCCUCGGAUAUCUAUGCGCCAGUGUCUGGCAUUGUCACUGAGGUGAACGAGGACCUGAAUUCUGAACCUGGACUCCUGAACCGCUCUCCCGAGGAAAAAGGUAAGCUUAAUAGUGAUUGUGUUAAUAUUAUCAUCAUCAACAUGAGGCUUGUAGGUUGGCUGUGCAAAAUCGAACUCUCUGCGCCCGAGGAAUUGAAUGAGCUGCUCACGCUCGAGAAAUACAAGGCGACUUGGGAAGCCUGAAUCAUAAUGAAGAAGGAACAUCUAUCUACUUUCUAUUUGGUCUUCCUGCGGGAGUCCUAGCAAUACAACCCCUGGCCUCAACUGCCAUACCUUUGUUAUUACUUAUAUUAUCAUAGAUGAGAGGAGAUGAUCAGCUCUUGCAAUGCAUUCUAUCCCGAGCUCAGCGAGUAUGGAUUGUCAGAAUGAAAUGGUAAGGUAGUUGAUGAAUUCACGAUGAC